CGCCCCGGGGCUGUGGCACCCGCCUCUGACGCCCGCGCUCCUCCUCCUGGAUCAGCUGAGCGCCGGCAGGGGGCGUCUAUAAGAGCUGCCGGCGGAGUCGGGUCCUCGUCCCGGGGGAGCACCGCAGCGCAGUGCCGGCGGCCAGGAGCAGGAGCAGACCGCCACCAUGUCCGUGUCGCACAGUUCUAAGCUGAACAAGGUGGUCCGGGACCAGUACAUGAAGCUGCCCCAAGGAGACAAGGUGCUGGUCACCUACGUCUGGAUCGAUGGCAGCGGAGAAGGGGUUCGCUGUAAAACCAGAACCUUGAACCAGGAACCAAAAUGCGUUGAAGAUGUGCCUGAAUGGAAUUUUGAUGGAUCCAGCACAGACCAAGCGGAAGGCUCCAACAGCGAUAUGUUCCUGAUACCCAUCAGAAUGUUCCGAGACCCCUUUUGCCUUGACCCCAACAAGCUUGUCUUGUGCGAAGUCCUGAAAUACAACCGGAAACAUGCAGAGACCAAUUUGAGGCACACCUGUCAGCAGGUCAUGGACAUGGUGAAGGACACACACCCUUGGUUUGGAAUGGAGCAAGAGUACACCUUGUUGGGCAUAAAUGGGCAUCCUUAUGGCUGGCCUGAAAAUGGCUUUCCGGGACCACAAGGGCCCUAUUAUUGUGGAGUUGGCGCAGACAAAGUCUACGGGCGUGACAUUGUGGAAUCCCACUACAAAGCCUGUCUCUAUGCCGGCGUGAAGAUCUGCGGCACCAACGCCGAAGUCAUGCCCUCCCAGUGGGAAUUCCAGGUGGGGCCAUGCGAAGGAAUCGAGAUGGGCGACCACUUGUGGAUGGCCAGGUUCAUUUUGCACCGGGUCUGCGAAGACUUCGGGGUUGUGGCCACCUUGGAUCCGAAGCCAAUGACAGGCAACUGGAACGGUGCUGGCUGCCACACGAAUUACAGCACAGAAGAAAUGAGAGGCGAAGGAGGACUCAAGUCUAUCGAAGCUGCGAUUGAGAAACUGAGCAAACGGCACGACUACCACAUCUGCGUCUACGAUCCCCGAGGAGGUCAGGACAAUUCCCGGAGACUGACGGGCCACCACGAGACCUCCAACAUCUUUGAGUUCUCGGCUGGCGUGGCAAACCGAGGGGCCAGCAUACGGAUUCCCCGCCAAGUCGGCCAGGAUGGGUUUGGCUACUUUGAAGACCGCCGGCCCGCUGCCAACUGCGACCCGUAUGCCGUCACAGAAGCCAUUGUGAGGACCACGCUCCUCAACGAAACAGGCAUGGAAACGAAAGAUUAUGAGGAACAAUCUAGACUGGGACGUGGUAUCUUCAAGAACUGAGGUUUUUACUUCCACCCUGCAGUGUCCUAAAUAUGUGCCCUACCAGCUAGUAAAUUCUCUGCAGUCUGCAGAACCUUCUCGUAUUGUGACAUCUUGUCUUAGAAACAUAUUUCUAUAUUUUUAGGAGAGAGAAAUUAUUUUCCUAGCAGGUCUCAUCGGUUCCUAUUCUCCUUUUUUUUAAAGACAAUUGUAAUGUGGGGUUUCGAGGAACUUUUUAAACCAUUGAAUUUAUACUGUGGUUUGGAGGACAAACGAAAUUGAACCUUGUACAAGUGCAGCGUUGCUUCAGGAUGCUGAAGAACUUGUUUCCCCGCCCCCCCUCCCCUCCUGUCUCUGUUGCAAGGAAACAAUAAAGUAAUGGUCUUGGCUGCUUGUCAGCCAACGUUGAAAUAAAA